UCUUUACCGAACCGUAUAACGACCCGGGCCCGUUACCGUGGCUUGAUGAAAGCUUCUCACCAGCUGCUCUGAAGCAACUAUCACCUAAAAUUGGCAAAUAUCUGUCCAGUACCUUCCGCUACAAAAUCAUACGGACAUUUUAUCUCAGACAGCCACCAUGAUCCGCUCGACACAGAAUGGAGAUCGCUAUGAACUCACAGACCCCACCGCGAUGCCUAAAGCCGGCGGCUUCCUGUGGAAUCAGAAGAUGAUGAUCCAGGUAACCUGCCGUGGCUAUGCAACAGCCCAGUUUAUGCAGCCGGAACCUGCGAAGUAUGUCCACGCUCCAAACCUCGAGGCCAAGACCUUUAUGCAGCCGGAGCAGAAUUACUAUUCUCAUCAUCCGGGGCGAUUUGUGUAUGUCAAGGACGAAGACACGAAGAAGAUCUGGUCGGCACCGUACGAGCCAGUUCGUGCGAAGCCAGACAGUUUCGUGUUCUCGGUGGGAAAGAGUGAUAUCUCAUGGACGGCGGAGAAAGACGGGGUGAGAGUGGAGAUGAAUCUCCUUCUGCCGACCGAGGAUGUUGCUGAGCUCUGGACUAUCAAAGUGACAAAUGUCUCAGAUCGGAAACGAAAGAUCAGCAUAUACCCAUACUUUCCCUUUGGAUACAUGUCCUGGAUGAACCAAGAGGCAGAGUGGAUCGAUAGUCUAGGUGGCAUUGUGGGGAGCUGCAAGACGCCGUACCAAAAAGCGUCAGAUUACCCGAAGACAAAGUUCCUAAAGGACAAGACUUACUUUCUGUGUGAACGGAAACCUGUUGCGUGGGAAGCGAGACAAGAGGCGUUCGAAGGCGAGGGUACUCUAAGUGACCCAGAUGCUAUGAAAACCGAGCACUUGAGUAGCAGCGAUGCUCGGUACGAGACUCCCACAGCGGUAGUGCAGUAUCAAGCUGUCCUCGAGCCAAAUGCAUCUGAAGGGUACCGAUUCAUACUGGGUCCCGCUUUCGAUGAAGCCGAGAUCUCUGACAUGCGGAAGAAGCUCCUUAGCGAAGCCGGCUUUGCACAAGCAAGGAAAGAGUACGAAGCGUACAUCGCAGCAGGUAGUGGAUGUAUCAAAAUUGAGACACCUGACAAGGACCUUGACAACUUCAUCAACAACUGGCUACCGCGACAGGUCUACUACCACGGGGAUGUCAAUCGACUUACGACCGAUCCUCAAACCAGAAACUAUCUGCAAGACAACAUGGGCAUGGCAUAUGUCAAGCCUGACGUCUGCCGUGACGCUAUUCUUACUGCAAUUGGUCAGCAGGAUGAAAGUGGCGCAAUGCCUGAUGGCAUUUUACUGAUAGAGGGCGCGGAACUGAAGUACAUCAACCAGGUUCCGCACACUGAUCACUGCGUCUGGCUUCCCAUUGCACUGGAGAUCUACCUUGAUGAAACAGGCGACUACGCAUUUCUCGACAAGCAAGUCAAGGGUAUGCACGGAGACAGCUACACGGUCUUCGAACGCUUCAGUCGCGCAAUGGACUGGCUUCUUUCCUCCAAGUCGAGAGACGCUCGGGGUCUGAGCUACAUCGCUCAAGGCGACUGGUGCGAUCCUAUGAACAUGGUUGGACCGAAAGGCGUCGGUGUGUCAGGCUGGCUAACUGUCGCUACCGCCUACGCUGUGAAUCUCUGGGCUGGUGUCUGUGAACAGGCUGACAAAGUCGACAUCGCCCAGAAGUACCGCGAGGGUGCAAAAGCGGUCAAUGAGUCAGCAAACAAACAUCUAUGGGACGGUGAAUGGUUUUCCCGGGGCAUAACCGAUGACGGCGUUACGUUUGGCACCAAAGACGAUAAAGAGGGCCGCAUUUGGCUCAACCCGCAAGCAUGGAGUAUCCUCGGCGGUGCAGCGUCGCCCGACAAGAUCGAGAAGAUCUUACCUCAGAUCGACAGCCAGCUCUCAACUCCGUACGGCGUACUUAUGUUCGCGCCCCCGUUCACAGCGAUGCGCGAAGAUGUUGGUCGCGUGACGCAGAAAUACCCUGGGCAAGGCGAGAACGGGAGUGUGUACAAUCAUGCCGCAUCUUUCUACACCUGGGCACUGUACACCAUCGAUGAGGCGGACCGUGCGUACUCUGGUCUGCGUGCAAUGAUUGCAGGUCCCGACGACGAAGACUUGCGAGCACGAGGUCAGCUGCCGGUGUUCAUACCAAACUAUUACCGUGGCGGGUGGGGUAUCGAGAAACUUCAUCGCACGGCCGGGCGUAGUUCGCAGCUGUUCAAUACUGGAACAGUAAGUUGGGCGUAUCGAUGCAUAAUUGAAGGUCUGUUUGGGCUGAGGGGUAUGAGGGAGGGCUUGAAGGUUGAUCCAAAGUUGCCGAAGGGGUGGGAUGAAAUCAAGGCGACAAGGCAAUUCAGAGGAGCGACUUUCGAGGUCAAGAUCAAGCGCACUGGGGUGAAGAGCGUGGAACUGGUGUUAGAUGGGCAGAGCAUAGAAGGUGUGGUUGUGCAGAAUGUAGAGGCUGGUAAAACAUAUAGGCUUGAUGUGCAGAUUCCAUAGAGCUUUUGCCCCAGGCGUACGAUUGCUCGAGAUA